UUUUGUAGGAAUGCUGUCACUUGUUUAGAGUUUUUCCUCUCAACCACGUGGAGUGGCGGCUCUUACUCAUUGAAAUCAGAGGCUUUUACGUUGUUAUUAUUAUUAUUUUACCGUGCGCGGCAUCGACGCUGCUCCGUUUGUGAGAUGUCAGCAGCGGGACAGACCUCAAGGAGCCUGGAGAUCCCGGCUGUCCGGAGGAUCGCCAUCCACGAUGCAGCCCACAUGCCCAAGGAGUACUCCACGACCCCGGGAGGAACUCUGUUCAGCACCACGCCAGGAGGCACCAGAAUCAUUUACGACAGGAAGUUCCUGCUGCAGUGUCGGACCUCUCCUCUGACCCGUACGCCUCCCAAACUUCCCGAUAUUCCCGGAGUCACAAGGCCGCUUGACCCAGAGUCGUCCAGUAAUGAAAUCCAUCCUGAAGAAUUACCCAGCAACAACUCAGAUGACCACAGCCUGAACACAGAGGAAAACUCUGCGGAAGACGCCCAGUUUGAAAUGGACAUCUAAAUGUUAGCAGCAAUGAAGUAAUGCUAACAUUUAUGUGGUUAUGAAAUGGUUGAAAUGACAAAUCCAGUCUAAGUCAGCUUUAUAAUCCGACAGGAAACAACCAUGUCUUUUCUAAUGUCAACUAUUUGCUGAAAUGUUGAACCUCAAACAUUAACUAACUAAAACAGUUUUUUUCACUUUGUUAAAUACAUGUAUGACAUGUAAUUCCUUAAAAAGGUUUUUUUUUUUUGAUGUGACUUAUAUUUACUUUGAAAAUAAUAUAUGAAGUCUAGUGUAGACUUGGAGCUGUAGUGUAGUUGGGAACCUAGUUUUGCAGUCUGUGAUUACUUUUAUGGCCGCAUGAGGGCAGCAGACACAAGUUCUAUACUUUCAAUUUCAAGUAAAUUUAUUUGCGUUACUUAUCAGCAGAGGUCUUAUUAAUAUAUGACUGUAUUUUAUUGUCACUCAUCAGUUGUUUGUUCCUUAAUUUCCAAGAUUAUUUUAGAAUCAUUACAUGCAUUUUUUUAUGGAAAAUGAAACCUCAACCAAGAAGGUAAAAUUAAACAUGUUUUGGCUGCAAAAUGUUACAUAAUAAGCUUAUAGUUUUUACAAACCACUAUGUUGGAGCUUUGAACUUUUUUUUUCCACUGUGAACAUCAUUAAAAGUCACUGUUAAUGCAUUCUUUAACCAAAACUAAACUAUUGUUUCUUUUCUGCGAUGUUGUUUUUUUCUUACUAUGUAUCAGAAAGUGCUUGAAGAAAAUGUGCAACCAUUAAAAAAAUUUGUUGAAGCAAAACUGGACACUGCAAUAUAUUAUGAAUCCAAAACAUAUUAGUAUAUCCUCAAGGGCUGGCUGAGAAAUAAGAAACAUCUCACCACUGACACUGACCAAUGUGAAAAAUUAAUCAUAAUCCACAAUUUUUGGGUGGAAAAAGCUGAUAAAUCAGGGUCAGUUCUAUACAAACUGUUCUAAAACCAUUUUUUGUAAUAAAACACAUAACAGUU